UAUGUUAUGUGGCGUGACGCGGCAUGUCGGUUACCAAGGGCAACGUUUUCAAUUAUGAUGUCCGCUUUCUUCGGCGAACAUUUCCAUUGCAGGCAUAGGUACAUAGAACAAAAGCAUUCAAUUGAACCUUUCGACGGCGAAAGUAAUUCAGUUUGUAUAUGGCAUAUAGAAGCUAGCGUAACAUAUUGCUUUUUGCCAGAUGGAAGAUUGCAUUUGAACUUUAACGUGCUUGUGAAACACUUCUUUUUGUACGGAGGAGCAGAGCUAUUUCAAUAUAUCGACAUCACUACUGCCGAAGGAGCAAGAAAUUGCUGUGAACCAUAAAGUGCAUGCCCUUGGAAGUGCCCUGCAAUAACUUUUACACACACUGCCUAUGCGAGGACCCACAUGUGCACAAUCUGUAGUUGAGCUUCGCGUGAUCUAAAGACGAGACCGCACUCAGUCGUGAUGGAUUGGCCAAGCACGCGAGUUGCCAAAGGAGGGCUGUUCCAUGCCUCCAAAACGAAGUACACCAAAGAAACUCAGGAUCUCAUCAAGGUGUUAAUGGAAGAAGCAAAAUUGACCAUCCUUCAGCGCAAUAAAAUUAAUUAUCACCUGCGAACGGGGGAACCACUUCCACCUCCGAAGGAGCCCAAGUUUGAACACGAGUAUAGCAAUUUCCUCCCGGUGGCGGCUGCUAGAAAAAACCUCAAAAAACGUUCACUAUCAACGAUAAUCGAAAGUGGCGCAUUCGAUGUGGAAAAGUACGUACCAAAGGAAGGCAAGGAGCCGGUGGAGAAGUCCAAACUGAAACUUCAAGAGCGGAUGGCGGGUUGCAAGAUGUUCCCCGACAAUGGAAAGAAACGGAUCGUACGCCGCACAAGUGAAACUGAGACGGACUACAAAGAGGCGGAUCGAGAAGCUGAGUUGUUGGAAGAAAUCAAUGAACGCGUAGAAUGGUUGGCCGAGAUGGAAGCCCUUGGAGAAGGAAAGAAACACCGGCAGGUCAUCCAUGCGCAGAUCGCAGAUCGACUCAACGAGCUCAAACGACUAGAGCGGGAGCAAUCGAAGCAGGAUUCAGUAGACAAUUAGACGGAAAC